UGACUGCGGGCCUUUGGCUCAAGGCUGUUAUAUUUCAGAGGGUAAGAAAGGGUGUAAUUGCAUGGACAGAGCUUACGAAAAAGAUAACUACUGUUACGACUGUGCUUGUGGCGAAACUAACGAUAGAGACUGGCGGAAAUGCUAUUUCGAUUCAAAGUUAAAAGAAAAGAUAUGUAACUGCAAACCCAACUUCAGUCAACUCGAGGGUGUUUGCGAAUCCUGCUAUUGUGGACCACAAAGCACGGGUUGCAACUUUACGAAUGGAGGAAUGAAUUGCUAUUGCAAGGAAGGCUUUGUACCAAAGAAUGAAUAUUGCCAAGCUGCCUGUAAUGAAAAGAACCCAUGCAAAUAUGGAGGUAAAUGUGUGGAUGGCUUCUGCCAGUGUAAAAACGGAACGGCCGGGACAUUCUGCCAAAUCAUUGUAGAUUGUUCCAACAAUGAGAUCUGUGGAAGAGAUGAAAAUGCCCUUUGCCUGUAUGAUGAAGAACGUGAAGAAGCCUUUUGUAGAUGCAACGGAACCGGACUCAUUUUUGAUGAAAAUAAGAAAAAAUGCGUUGAAUGUGACUGCGCAGAAAAAGGAGUUUGUUCUCUGGAAGAGGGAAAGAAAGAAUGUUCUUGCAUUCCAACCUACGGUUCAAUUGGAGGAAAAUGUACAGAAUGCAAUUGCGGAGAUAAAACGAGGAGCUGUUACUAUCUUGGAGGAAGAAAUAGGUGCUUGUGUGAAAAAGGUUUUGCUGAUAAAGACGGGAAGUGCACAGAAUGCUCUUGUGGACAUGGUGUCUGUUCUUUUAAAAAUGGAGGAAAACAAUGCCUUUGUUACAAUGACUAUAGUGAAAAAGAUGGACAAUGUGUUGCAUGUGGUUGUGGAGAGAAUGCUUUGGGAUGCACUUUUGGAAAAGAUAAAACGACAUGCAAAUGCAAGACUGGAUUUAUUCAACAUGAAAGCAAAUGCAAAGCAUGUGACUGUGGUAAGAAGGGCACUUGUUCAUUCGACAAAGAUGGCAGAGAAGUAUGUGAUUGUGACAGCGGAUAUGCAGUCAAAAAUGGAAAAUGUGUGGAGGAAUGCAGCGAGAAUUGUGACAACGGAGGAAAGUGCGAAGAAGAAAAUGACAGCCACUUCUGCAAGUGUUCCAAAGGCACGAGUGGAGAUUUGUGCGAGACCAUAGACGCUUGUGAGACAAUGUUCAAAGACUGUAAAUCCGACUUAGGGACUUGCAAGUACAAUGAGACAAGGCAAGCAGCUUACUGCGAGUGCGAUGAAAAUUCCACUUAUGACGCCAAACUGAAAAGAUGUAGAAAAACAUGUUCCAAGGAUGUACCUUGCGAAAACGGUGGGAAAUGCGUGAAUUCCAAAUGCCAGUGUCAGGAAGGUACAAGCGGAGAUUUGUGUUCCACAGUAGAUGGCUGCAAGGCAAUUCAAGAUAAAUGUAGCAAGGGUUAUGGAAUAUGCUUAUAUGCUCCAAAUAAACCAGGGAAAGCGGAAUGUGGCUGCAAAGAAGAAGGAUUCAUGUUUAGUGAGGAGAAGCAAGGUUGUCGAGCAAUUUGGUGCUUGGAAAACUCGUGCGCUGCAACUGCUAAUUGCUAUUUUGAAACAUCUACGGAAACGGCGUAUUGUGAAUGCAGAGAUAAGACUAAUUACUACAACAACACAGGGAAGUCAUGCAAUGCCGUGGAUUCGUGUCUGUUUUCUUCAAACUGCGGUAAAUUUGAAGUCUGUGAGAAUGGAAAGUGCAUCUGUCCAAGGUACCAUGUACAAACCAAUGAUGGAUGCAUGCCAAAGUUGUGUGACCUUCAUUUAUGCUAUAACUAUAAAGGAGCUAAAUGCGUAGAGACGGACAUAGUUGGAACUGUGGAUUGCGUUUGCGAUGGCGGAAUGUACUUUGAUGGAUCACAGUGCACAGGUGGUUACUGUUUCCUUCCGGACGAGUGGGGAAACUGUUAUGAUGGAUGUCCAGAUGGCAUGGAAAAGACAAACACAGGAUGCAAAGCUAAAGACGAAAGCAAGGCAUGUGAGAAAGAUUGUGGAAAAUAUGGUUUCUGCUUAAAAGAAGGCAAAGAAGAAGUGUGCAAAUGUAUACCAAAGUUCACCAAAAUGGCAAGUGGAAAGUGUAUUUUGAAUGCUACUGCUGUAUGCGCAUCUGGAAAAUUAACCAGUGAUUCAUCAAGAUGCGAGUGCACCGGAAUCUUGAAAUAUGCUGCGAAUAACAUCACAUGCGAAAAAAAAACAUGCUCGGAUGUGGACGUACAGGAAGAGUGUGACAGAGUUGGGGCAUCUGUAUGCAAAAACAAUUGGAACAAGCCAGGAAUGGAACCAGGUUCAGGUUACGAAUGUGUCUGUCCACCUGGGUAUUCUAAAAAUGCAAAGGGGAUAUGCACAGAUAAAUGCAAACUGGAGAACCAUGCAAGCGAGUGUGCUGCACGCGGUCAGAUCUGUCUUCUGGACGACUUACAUAACGCUAACUGCAAAUGUCCUCCUACAACUGCAUGGAAUAAGACGACACAGAGAUGCGAUAUUCUAAACGAAAACACGUUCAUGAUUCAGAGUUUGCCAGUUAUUAAGAAAAACUACCUGAAAAAGGAUGGUUCUGUGGAUACAGUGCGUUUGAAUGCUGACAUUGUGAAUGCGAUGAAAACUGUUUAUCAGACAAAAAUUCUGGACUACGCAUAUUUGUAUAAGUUCACGGAGACGGAAAAUGUACUGAACUGUAGUGUGCUAGUUCAGCUUAAAGAUCAGACCAAAUGGGACAUUCAUCGUUACCAAUUCUACAAGGGUCUUGACCUGGGUUGCAAGAACUGCAGCGUGAGACUGCUGCCACCUGUCGUGAUGGAUAAGGAGCUAUAUAGCCGAAUGUCUUUAGAAAAGCUUAACUUUUGCUCGGACCAUCUGAAAAAUGCGUUGUGUGGUGAAGGAAGCAAAUGCAGUGAUAGAAAAUGUUCCUGCCAAGCAGGAUAUAGAACUGUGUAUACCAGUGUGCAAGCAACUAAUGACUUUACCAUCUUAAAGUGCGAAGAUAUUAACGAAUGUUUGGAAGGCAUCGAUUCGUGUACUAAGAAUACCAGCUGCGUCAACACCCAAGGAGAUUAUUACUGUGAAUGUAAGCCAGGUUACAAGAAAUUUUCCGAUACAUAUCCUUACAAGAAUGCCCACGACAAGGAGGCCUGUGUUGAUUUUUGCAGCCCCAGUCCAUGUGUGAAAGGAUCAUGCAGUACAAAGGAAAAAGGUUUCGAUUGCAGUUGUGAAUUAGGAUAUACUGGAUCCCUUUGUGACAGAGGUGACGAGUAUCUCAAAAAAGCGAAUAACAAUUCCAAAAUUAUUGGAGGGGUCUUGGGAGCACUCCUCGGGGUUACCAUCCUUGCAUUCGCCUUUUACUAUCUAAAGAAAAGGAAUCAAGGUUCAGAAGCAGAUUUUAUCCCGGAAAGACCAGCUGACCGCUCAGAAAUGGCUGAGAGGAGGCCACCUCGUGGAAUAUCAAAUCGGUCAUAUGAAUAAACGCCACCUGGGGACGACUUGAAUAACUUAUUUAUAACAUUUUAACUGCUUUGAACUGACUUUGAACUUAGACUGUGAUGUUUUAACGGAAAUUUCGAAGACGCCAAAGCAACUUCAUCUUGCUUAAAAAGUGCUCACCACGAAGAAAAUUGUCGUUUUAAACAAACUGUUAAAGCUGUUUCUACUAUGUCUAUGCAUUUUGAAGAGUCUUUUCCUCUUUAUUUAUUAUAGUAAUUUGACCUACUCUGGUAAAAUGUACUCAUCAAAAUUCUAUUGUCACAACCUUAUAUUUUGACAUACCUUAUGUUGGAACUCCACAUCUGAUUACAAUCCAGUCAUUGUAAAUAUGCUGUAUAAGUGCAAUUGAACAUUAAAUCCUAUUUUUUAAACUGA